GAAGGCGCUGGUGCUUUUGGAAACAGGUGAAGGCGACGAAACUCGCGUGAGUUCAUUUCGGCCAAACUUCUUUGGUUACUGUGAAUCAACAACCAUGUCUACACUCGCCGCUCCUUUGACCCUUAUGGGCUCCAGGCAGUCCGGACAGCCAAUUAGAACCCAAAAUGUUUUGGCUGCUGCCUCUAUUGCCAACAUUGUCAAGAGCUCUCUUGGUCCAGUUGGUCUUGACAAAAUGUUGGUUGAUGAUAUUGGAGAUGUGACUGUCACAAAUGAUGGUGCCACUAUUUUACGCUUGCUAGAAGUUGAACACCCAGCAGCUCGCGUCCUAGUCGAGCUUGCCCAGCUCCAAGACGAUGAAGUUGGUGAUGGCACUACAUCUGUGGUUAUUAUUGCUGCUGAGCUUCUCAAAAAUGCUGAUGAACUUGUGAAGCAAAAGAUUCAUCCCACAUCUAUUAUCAGUGGCUACCGUCUAGCGUGCAAGGAGGCAUGCAAAUACAUCCAAGAACAUCUGACUGUGUCUGUAGAUGAACUGGGCAGGGAUUGCCUUGUUAAUUCUGCCAAGACAUCAAUGUCAAGUAAACUCAUUGGUGCAGACUCAGACUUUUUUGCCAACAUGGUUGUUGAUGCUGCUCAAGCUGUAAAAAUCACUGAUUCAAAAGGCAAUUCUCUGUACCCCAUUAAGGCUGUAAAUGUUCUUAAAGCUCAUGGCCGAAGUGCUAGGGAGAGUGUUCUCAUCCAGGGUUACGCAUUGAAUUGUACAGUUGCCUCUCAGGCCAUGCCGAAGAAGAUUUUGAAUGCCAAGGUUGCCUGUCUUGAUUUUUCACUCCAGAAAACCAAAAUGAAGUUGGGUGUUCAGGUUUUGGUCACAGACCCAGAAAAACUGGAGGCUAUCAGGGACCGUGAAGCUGACAUCACUAAGGAACGAGUUCAGAAGAUUUUGGCUGCUGGUGCCAAUGUUAUUUUGUGCUCUGGUGGUAUUGAUGAUCUUUGCCUGAAGUAUUUUGUUGAAGCUGGUGCCAUGGCUGUCCGUAGAGUCAAGAAGUCAGAUCUCAAGAGGAUAGCAAAGGCUACUGGAGCUCAUUUUUUGACCUCCCUCACCAACAUGGAUGGUGAAGAAAGCUUUGAGGCCAGUUCUGUUGGUGAAGCUGCUGAAGUUGUUCAGGAUAUGAUUUGCGACGAUGAGCUUAUUCUUAUUAAAGGACCUAAAGCAAGGACAGCAAGCUCAAUCAUUCUGAGAGGUCCCAAUGAUUUCUAUUGUGAUGAAAUGGAACGCUCUAUUCACGAUUCUUUAUGUGUCGUUAAGAGGGUCCUGGAGAGCAAGGCAGUUGUAGCUGGUGGAGGAGCUGUUGAAGCAGCUUUGUCUAUUUAUCUUGAAAACUUUGCUACCUCUCUGAGCUCUCGGGAACAGUUGGCCAUUGCUGAAUUUGCCAAAUCACUUCUUGUUAUUCCUAAGACAUUGUCUGUGAAUGCUGCCCAAGAUGCUACAGACCUUGUGGCCAAACUUCGGUCGUACCACAAUUCAUCUCAAACUAAAGUUGACCAUGCUAACUUGAAAUGGAUUGGUCUUGACCUAACAGAGGGAGUAGUAAGAGAUAACCGCAAGGCUGGAGUACUGGAGCCAGCUAUUUCCAAAAUUAAGUCUCUUAAAUUCGCUACUGAAGCUGCUAUUACAAUUCUCCGUAUUGAUGAUAUGAUUAAGCUCCAGCCCACACCCAAGGAACAGCAAUCAUACAGACAAGCAUAUGAAGCUGGUGAACUUUAAUUUUAAGAGAAACUGUCUUGUUUAAGAAACCCAGUGCUUUACCUGUGCCCUAUUUAAAUGCAGUGCUGAACAGUGGCUCUACUUAAUGUGAUUUCAUUGGUUUUAUAUUUUUGUUAAAAAAUGCCAAUGUUAUUUUGUCACAUUUCUACUUCACAUAGAUUAAUUCAACAAACGCUUUUAUUCACUAUUUCAUUAACUUGUUAUUUGAUGUCAUUCACUUUUGCAUUAAAUUAAACUUAAAAUUACCCAAA